AUGAAAGAUGCCAUCGUAAUUUUCAUAUGCUUUAUCCUUAUUAUUCUCUUCGGUUUUUCGGUUGCUUCUUGGUCUCUCUUGACAACUAAGGAGCAAGUCAUUUGGCCCAAUUCGACUAAUGAGUCAUUCUCCAAUGCCACUGUAGUGGUUCAAGGUGCCGAUGUAUCGUCUAGUUGGCAAUUAUUGCGAGAUGUGUUCAACUGGGGUAUUUGGAAGGUGUUCGGACAAGUGGCCGAGCCAUAUAACGACGCUGUUAGUGGUACGGAUGAAGUUAUCCCUUUUACUGUUGUGGAGAAAUACCAUAUCUAUUCCUAUUGUUUCAGAAAACGACGCCUAUGGCACAUUUGUUUUCUUAUUUUCAAUUGGCUUCACCGUGAUAUCCAAUGUACUGCUUCUGAAUGUGCUUAUCGCGAUGUUUAA